AUGGCCAACUCGUCGCAGUGCCUGGAGGAGGGCGCGGGGCGCUGGCCGCCGCCGGCCGGGCCGUACAGCGAGGCGCAGCGCCUGGCGCUGGAGGAGCUGGUGGCGGGCGGCCCCGAGGCGCUGCGGGCUUUCCUGCGGCGGGAGCAGCUGCCCCCGUUCCUGUCGGAGCCCGAGGUGCAGGACAUCGCGCGGGCCGCGCUGCCGCUCGCCGCGGGCCCGGAGCCGGCGGCACAGUCCUCGCCCGGCUCUUCGCUGGACGCCUCAUCCCUCACCUACUUCCCCGAGCGCUCGGACCUGGAGCCGCCGGUGCUGGAGCUGGGCUGGCCGGGCUUCGCCAGCGGCGCCUUCCGCGGGCUGACGCGGGUGGAGGCGCAUUUUCAGCCCGGCUGCGGGGACAGCAGCAGCAUCUACGGCUGCAAGGAGGCGGUGCGGCGGCAGAUCCGCUCCGCGCGGCAGGUGAUUGCCCUUGUGAUGGAUUCCUUCACAGAUACUGAUAUCUUCAGUGACCUGCAGGAUGCUUAUAAGAAGCACAAAGUCCCUGUCUAUAUCCUCCUUGACCAGGAAUUUCUACCCCACUUCUUGGAAAUGUGCAACAAUUUGGGAGUUUGUCCCGAGCAGGAAAGUCUGAUGAGAGUUCGAACUCUCACCGGGAACAUUUACUACCUGAGGUCAGGUGCCAAAAUUGUUGGGAAAGCUAAGGAGAAGUUCAUGUUAAUUGAUGGCAUUAGAGUGACAACAGGCUCGUACAGUUUCACAUGGUCCGAUGGGAAGCUGAACAGCAGUAACUUGCUGGUGUUGUCAGGCCAAGUAGUUGAACACUUUGACCUGCAAUUCAGGAUUCUUUAUGCCCAGUCACUGCCCAUCAACCCUAAAGGUCCAUCCAGCUGCAGGAAGAGUGGGCUGUUUGAUCACCUGGUGACCAGACCAGAGUCCUCUAAAGAAUACACUGUGGAAGGCAACCUGAGAGCAGAAUUUGCCAGACUGUCGAGCACUCCAAAGAAGUUGUUGGAAGAACUAGAUAUGGCUGAAGAUCGCCAUGGAGGAAAGCCUUGUAACCUGGGGCAUUCUUGCCUCUGUGAAGAGGAGUCAUUCAGCAAUCAAGUGAUCAUGGUGGAACGGAAAAGCUCAUCGACUCAAACUGGCCCGUGGGAUGAGACAGCUGCUGUGAGCACCUGUAAUGCUGCCACGCAGACCAGUGCUGCCAUGGCAGAAACUGGCACUCAGGCUUCUGUCACUGCGAGAGCAACGGGCACUCAAACGUCAGUUUUGCUGAAAACUGCAGUGACACAGACAAAGGAAGAGGAAGGCACAGAAACACCCCUACUUCAUAGAAAGUUGUCAAAAGAAGAAUAUUCUCUGACUGGAAACGUCAUAUCAAACUCUAGUCUGCGAUCGCUGUCUUCGUCAUCGUCCCAGUGUUCUCUUGGAAGCUCAACAGGCUCACUGUCUUCUCUCCGGUCCUUUGAAUAUUCCAGCAGUCACAGAGCACAAUAUUUCCAAAAACUGCAUAAAGAGAGGCAAUUCCACUACUCCACUAUCAGGUCAAAGCUGAGCCACAUGGUGGAUAUCCUCUCCCGGAGGGGCCGUGUGCCUGAGAGCUACAUGACCCAGUACACUGGCAGAUGCAACCUAAAGCAGAGGCGGGACAUCAGUGCCAGCCUGCGCAGCCUCCGGGAUGUCUCACUCUUCUCCCUGAAUAAAUGAUUGCUGCACUGACCAUAGAGCACACAAGUUCAACUCUCAAGCUGCAGUCACUUUGUACCUACUGAUUCUUCCACUUCCAUCCAGCAGUUUUACUUUUCUUGAUACAUCACCCUCCAGCACUUUGUUUUAUACUAUGCAAUGUAAGUGAUUAAAAAAAGAGUCAUUAUAGAGGAACUACUUACAUGUUCAUCUUGUAUGCAUUAACAGUGAAGAUCAUUUUAAUUCCAGAUGCUUAGCCUGAAAAAUAAACUUGCUACUGGUUUCUAGGAUUGCUAACGCUCUGGUUUUAAUUUAUGUAAACUUGGAAAAAUCUUGAGUCAG